GUACAACAUAGAUCAGACUGGCGACGGUUUCAGCCAAUGACGUUUAACCAGGAAGGAAACGAGCGGACAGGCGGAAGUUACGUCCCUUUAGAACAAACGCGUUAACGGCAAAGAGCCCCUCGGAUCCCGGAGCAGCGUGCAGUCAUGUGGCCCGUACUUUGGACAGCGAUGCGGACCUACGCGCCUUACGUCACCUUCCCUGUUGCUCUAGUGGUCGGCGCGGUGGGCUACCACCUGGAGUGGUUCAUUCGAGGGGCCCCUAAAGCACGAGAGGAGGAGAGGGGCAUCUUGGAACUGAGGGAGGAACGAAAGCUGCAGGAACAAGCGGGGAAAGACGGCACUCAGGUGCUUAGCCUGAAAGAGAAGCUGGAGUUCACGCCUAAAGCAGCUCUCAACAGGAACCGAGCUGAGAAGAGCUAACUCGUGUUAGCGCCUGACUUACGCUCGCAGUUCUCCACCAAGAGGACGGUGCUCUGGGAGCAAAAAAAAAAGGGGUGAACUGGAGGACAAAAAGCACCCAUAGUUCCACUCACCUGAAUGUCUGAUUUUCACCUCCUGAAAUGCCGAAGCCGGUUUGGGCGACAGCAAACACGUGAAGCCGAACGUACUCUUGCUGUUGUUUUAAAUUAGGCAUCUCUUGUAUACAUGGACUCUCAUGUGAUUUAACCAUGUGCAAUAGAUUAACGUUUUAGACAGGCCCCUGUAAUAACAGCCUAUUUAUUGAACCUUAGGGUCUUUAUGUAUUGAUCUAUUUGAUCGUUUUCUUUCUGUUUUUUUGCAUGCUUGGUUGCACGCACACAGAAAAGAUCAGGUUUUAUUCCCGCCAUAUUACAGCAGCUCAAACCAGGUUUUACACGUUAUCAAGUCAUUCAGGUUAUUUGUGGUUCCGUUCGAAUCCUUUUUCCGGAUAAAUCUGUCACAAAGCGGGUGUCCUUUACUCUUUUUCUGAAUGUUUGAAAAGAACUAGCAAUUGUAAAGGACGUCUCUCUGCUGCUCCAUUCAUCCCGCUUGGCCUUGGAAGGUCUGUGGCGAAAUAAACCGGCAAUACAGGAGGUAAUUCAGGAGCUGCAAGCUUUGUACGAGCAGGGUAUCUGAACAUUAUGCUUUCAUUUUAGAAAGUCUGGAUGCUUGGUACUCCAAAUGUAUAACUUGUGUUGCAGAAUUAAUGUGAAAUAAAGGAAAAUUAUGUUCACAACCUGAAA